CAUGUGCCGUUUCCUUACAAAAUAUUGGAUUGUGUCCGACUCUCAUUUUCACGCAUCAUCUCUUCCACAACAUAGUUGUGGUGUAAAUACAGGUUGAAAUAAGUGCUGUGGAAUGUCGCCCUUACCAACAAGUACAGUUAAACCCGAAACAGAUGUUAACCUCAUAUUUGCGUGGACAAUUGCUGGGAUUGGAAUGGUCCUUGCCUGUCUUUUCCUAGUACUAUUUUUAUACAUGAAAUGUAAAGAUUCGUGUCGUGGAUGUUCAAGAUUGGUAUCUGCGUCUCCAUCAGAUAUCGCUUCCAUCUACAGACAGAAUAAUCGAGUGGACUGUGAUCACGAGUAUGAGCGUAUAACUUUACAAGACCAAGUCGAGGAGAACGAGUCUGUGUGCAACAGCGAACAAUCACCAACAGAUAGGCGUCCUGGUGGGGAAAGAGCAGAAGACUAUAUUAAUCCUCGAGCUUCAUCUUCAACAGACCAUGUCUUGGAUGAUGCUAGGAUAUCUAGGUUAUCCCAUCUUCUGAGUACAUCGUUCUGGAGUGAAACGAAAUCGGAGGGUUUUUUGGAAUCUAAGAGCAUUCCAACGCGUGGAAGCUAUGGACAAAAGAGAACUCAGAGUUGCCGCAAGGUAAAGUCAGAUGACGUAUGUUCGGAUUCUCUUACUGCGGGGCACUUUGUACCAGACUCAGGGGAGUUUCGUGCACAGAGAUUCCCUGCAGGAAUAGCAGAAACCAAGUCGCCUGUCACGGACAGCAUGGUGGACAUUUUUCAAGAAAUCUUCAAACCUUCCAACAGCAAUCUUAGAAGCCUGCUUCUCAAAACAGUUCGGCCCACAACAGAAACAAAUGAGAGCCUGUCCCGACGUCUCUCAAAAUCGGAGACAGAUGUCAACAUGGCCAAACUUUCAGAAGCCUUUGGCGAUAUUUGGAACGAUCCUUUUGCAGACCGACAAAUCAAACCAAAUGCAGAUGAUGAUCAUUAUGUUGCUGUAGCCGAUAUCAGAAUAACACCUAAACCAAAACAACGGAAAUCUUUGUCUAGGAAAGGACGCAGCCUUGAUGCUAAACAAACGGAGUCGGAACUCGACAUCCAGAACAGAAAAUUGCCCGACAUAAGUGUCUUACAAUGUAACACAAUCCCAUGCUCCCUAGAUAAAAGGGUACCUGUUCCUCUUCCGAGAUGCAAACCUAUGAACCCCAGUCAGUAUCAACCAUGCAGCAUCUUAAAGACUUCCUGUAACAAGAUAGAAGGGGAUGAAUCUGUCCAAGACGGGACGACAGAGGCAAACCUACGAGCACCUUCGAUGCCUCUUGACAAUUUGGAUCAAAAUCAAUGUCCAAGAAGCAACAAUGCUCAACAAGUCGAUCCACCAGGUUAUGGGUCGUUAAGGCGGAGCGUUCAAAAGGUAAAGAAGGCUAUAUGUUUAGAUGGACAUGCAAAAACAGGAAAGGAACAUUUGAACGUUAGGAUGGUCGUGACGGAUUUGGCAUGCUCUGCUGAAAAUGUCGGAUUGGAUUCCGAAUUCUGGAGCUCUUGAGUUAUAUAUUUUCACUUCGUUGAUAUCCAUGGGUAGAAUAGGUCCUCCGUAUCCAUAACUGACCCUUUUCGCGAACACCUGUUCGCCGCUGUUUUGUAUUUCAGCUCAAUGGUUUUUGUUUCGUCGACCAAUGAGGAACAGGUGGUCAUACUAUUUUGUUUUGUUUUUGGUUUGGUUUGGUUUGUUGUUUAACGCCGCACUCAGCAAUAUUCCAGCAAUAUGAC